AUGUCGAUCCCUGUGUUCAAACCAUUCACGCAUUUUGGCGACUGUUAUCUCACAGCUACCGAUGCCUUCUGUGUGGCUACAUAUGGCCACCGAGUCAUCACCACUCCUAACAUGAAGUUCAUUCCUCAACCUUUCGACAACGAAUCCGAUAUAAUUCAAGUGCGGGCAGAUGGCAGAUAUUGGGCCAUGGAUCCUUUUCAGUGGCCACAGAUGUACAAUGACCUGUACGCUCGAAGUUUCGCAAUCCCACGCCGGGAAGCCUAUCUGGACGACGCAAGCAUGACAUAUGCGUGGUUCAGGGCAAAUUUCUCAAGCGACUUCGUGCCCCUGGCUGCGGGUAGUCUUUUUGGUCAGCUCAAGACGGACAUUCUCGGCCAUCUCAAGCGAUUGUACGAGAAGGCCAACAAGUGGGUUAGCAGCUACAAGAUCGCAAGGAUGCAUAAAGAGGAUCAUGUUGUUGGGUGGGUGCAUGUGAUGCAUGCCGUCUAUGAGCACUUCCAGCAAGCUAUGGCCUGGCGCGACAUUGUCAUUGUCGUUGCUGAAUAUCAGCGCCGAUUUCUUGAUAUCUGGGCGGUUGACCCUAAAUGGAUGGGGUGUUUCACUCAAGACGUCGCUAUCGCCACAAAGGUACAUGCUGCUGGAGUUCCUGUCUGGCUUAUUCGCGAUGCUAGACUCAUCCCCUCAAAUAUGAACAUUGUUAAAGUUGUCUCGUUCACACCACCCGAUGACCUUGUCAUCGGCAUGUAUCAUGAUCCCCUCAAACUCUUUGCUCAGCCCUUCAACAUCAUUGCUAGAGGUCCGAGUAAUUGCCAGCAUCAUGAGGCCGCGCGUCAGCCGUAUUCCAACUUUGAGAAGUUGCCCGCUCCAAAACCUCAAGUUGAAUUGGUCAUGACGGAGUCAUUGGUAGGAAAGGCUCCCGUACACAAAGGGAAGGCGAAAAUGAAAGUAAAGCUUGCGCCGUACAAUAUAACCGCUCCUCGUCAGAACAAAGCUGCAUCUGGCUGCGAUAAAUGGUCUAACAUAGAUCACCCUUACAUGCCACCUAUGAAUUCUUUCUUCAAGAUAGCUUUGGAGGAAGCCAAGAAAGAAUUCCUCCGCAUCAAGCAUCCCAGGGACCAAAUGGACGACGGUUACUCGCUUCCCGAUCCGGGAUU